GUUUCCGUAGGAAGAAGCGCCGGGAAAGAUGGCGGCGGCUGCGGUUUGAAUUCCAGCGGCGCCGCUUGACUGAGAACAAGAACAGGGUUGGAGGGGGCGGGACCUGGGUACCGGGCGCGCCGGGACUGCCGGGGAGCCCGUGGCGCUACCGCUGCAGACACCGGUGCCACUACUCUGUGUUCAUGAUGGACUCGGGGAUGGAAGAGGACGUCACCCAGCCUGGGACCCUCAGCGGUUGCAGUGGCCUUCACCCUGUUCUGCCAAGUGAUCUGGAUAUCAUCAGUGACACUGCUGGCUUGGGAAAUGGAGUGCUCCCAAACGUGUCAGAAGAAAAGGUCUCUCCCACCAGAGCCCGGAACAUGAAGGACUUUGAAAACCAAAUCACUGAGCUGAAGAAGGAGAACUUCAAUCUAAAGCUCCGGAUCUACUUCCUAGAGGAGAGGAUGCAGCAGGAGUUUGCUGGCCCCACGGAGCACAUCUACAAGACGAACAUUGAACUCAAAGUGGAAGUGGAGAGUCUGAAGCGUGAGCUCCAGGAGAAAGAUCAGUUGCUCGUCAAAGCCUCCAAAGCGGUGGAGAGCCUAGCAGAACGGGGUGGUUCUGAAGUCCAGCGGGUGAAAGAAGAUGCAAGGAAGAAGGUACAGCAGGUGGAGGACCUCCUAAGGAAAAGGAUACAUCUUCUAGAAGAAGAUGUGAAAGCCGCCCAAGCAGAACUGGAGAAGGCCUUUGCGGGGACAGAAACAGAGAAGGCUCUUCGGCUCAGCUUAGAAAGCAAGCUCGCAGCAAUGAAGAAGAUGCAGGAGGGGGACCUGGAGAUGACUCUGGCUCUGGAAGAGAAGGACAGACUGAUUGAGGAGUUGAAGCUGUCUUUGAAGAGCAAAGAAGCUUUAAUUCAGUGCCUUAAAGAGGAAAAAUCUCAGAUGGCAUCUCCUGACGAGAACGUGUCAUCUGGAGAACUCCGAGGACUUUCUGCCACUCUGAGAGAAGAAAAAGAGAGAGACGCUGAGGAAUGGCAGAAGGAGAGAAACCACUUUGAAGAGAGGAUCCAGGCACUUCAGGAGGACCUGAGAGAGAAGGAAAGAGAAAUUGCUACAGAGAAGAAAAAUAACUUAAAGAGUUAUAAAGCCAUUCAGGGUCUAACCAUGGCAUUAAAAUCAAAGGAAAAAGAGGUUGAAGAACUUAGUUCCAGAAGCAAAGAGCUCACUGCUGACUCCACCAAAGGCAGAGAGGCUCCCUUGAAAACCCAAGUCCCGAGAUUCCAGGAGUCUGAGGAGGACUGUGAGGCUUCACUGGUGGAGAAGGAGGCCCUGUUGGCCAAGCUGCACUCGGAAAAUGUCACAAAGAGCACUGAGAACCAUAGGUUGCUCAGGAAUGUUAAAAAGGUCACCCAGGAGUUGAAUGACUUGAAGAAGGAGAAGUUGAGACUAGAGCAGGACCUAGAAGAAGCCCACCGAGAGGGGAACAGAGGAGCCCGAACCAUCCAUGACCUUAGAAAUGAAGUUGAGAAACUACGCAAGGAAGUGAGUGAGAGAGAGAAGGCUGUGGAGAAGCAUUACAAGAGUCUUCCAGGGGAAAGCGAGAUAAACUUCCAUACUCAAGAACAAGUGGUCAGGAGUCUGACUGAAAGUGGCAGCCCGGAGGACCUGCUGCUUCAGAAAUCCAAUGAAAAAGAUUUGGAAGCAAUACAGCAGAACUGUCAUUUAAUGACUGCGGAGGAGCUCAAGUUUGGGAGCGAUGGCUUAAUAACAGAAAAGUGUUCUCAGCAGUCACCAGACAGCGAGCUCAUCUUCUCCAAGGAAAAGCAACAAUCAGAGUAUGAAGGGCUGACUGGGGAUUUAAAGGCAGAGCAGAACAUCUAUGCCCAUCUGGCAAAGACUCAGGACACAGACAGUGUCAGCAACCUGCAGGCUGAGUUGAAAGAGGUUCUUGCCCUUCGGAAGCAGCUGGAGCAGGAUGUGUUUGCCUAUCGGAAUCUGCAGAAGGCCCUGCAGGAGCAGCUCAGUGAAAUUCGGCGGCGAGAAGAAGAGCCAUUUUCAUUUUAUAGUGAUCAAACAUCGUAUCUGAGUAUUUGCCUUGAAGAGCCCAAUCAGUUUCAAUUGGAGCAUUUUUCUCAAGAAGAACUCAAGAAAAAGGUCAGCGACCUCAUACAGCUUGUGAGGGACCUGCACACAGAUAACCAGCACCUGAAGAAAACCAUGUUUGGUCUCUCUUCCAUGAGUUUCCAGGGAAAUGACAGGCUUGAGUUAACAAAACAAGAAGAGCUUGUGACUAGCAAGGAGGAUGAGGACACACUCAAAUUUGAAGCGGAUAAUGAGAGUCAUUUCUGGAAUGACCAGCAUCUAGAGCAAAGUAGUAAGAUCAUGGAGGACUAUGCUGAGAGUGGCUGCAAAAAUGGAUAUGUAAGGCACAUGGAUUCCAAUAUUUUAGACCAUGAUGGGGCCCAAACACCUGGUACUUCUGAAGACCAUAGCCUAGAAGAUGAGCUCCUGGGCCUGCUUGCCACUUUCUUCAGUAAGAAGGCCACACCGUUGCUGGAAUCCAGGUCAGAUCUUCUGAAAGCACUCGGUGCCCUGCUUUUGGAACGAAUAUGCUUGGCAGAGCAGGGAUGUCCUGGGGACCACCUUGAUGGUAAAGCUGAGAAGGCACUUCAGCAAGUAGCUGUUCAGUUAAGAGAUGAACUUGGCCAUUCCUUCCCAGCCAACUCAUUUUCCAAGUCACACAAUGAACUCAAGUCGAUGUGGGGAACCUGGCUAGUCAAGACAGGUGACGAAGCCCCGGUGGAGCUGAAGAGUGUCUCAGUGCAGACCAUGGCCAUAGAGGACACCCCCCAUGGAUUCAAACCUGAAAGGAAGAGAGAUGCUUGGUCAGAGAAACCAAAAGAGUCCAUUUUCAGCACUGAGCUUGAGUCAGAGGCGAUGGAUGAGUUGCCAGGGCUACAGGCUACUCACCUGUCGUUCUCCAGUGCCAUCAACACGGAUGCUGAGAGGACGGACUUGCUGGUCGAAUUAAAAACACCUGAGUUAUUGGAAAAUUUGUAUAAUCUUCCUGCCUCCCAAGAGGUGGUAGCUCAGCUCCGAGGCCAGGUUCUAGAGCUGCAGAGGGAGCUGAAAGAGUUCAAAACCCGCAACAAGCAACUCCAUGACAAGCUAAUUCUGGCAGAGGCAGUGAUGGAGGGGAUGGAAGUGCCCAAUUCUGCACUGGUGAAUGUGCCUGCAGCCAAGGCUGUUGUGAGAACAGCCUUCCAGGACAACCCAAGUGAGCAAGAAGGACCUGAAACCACACAUUCUGCUGGGAGAGACAAGGACAUGGACAGUGACCAAUAUACAAGCUUUGAGAUCGAUUCUGAAAUCUGUCCACCUGAUGAUCUUCCCUUAUCACCAGCAUGCAAAGAGAACCUUGAAGACUUCCUAGGCCCAUCCUCCGUAGCUACUUACCUGGAUUCCAAGAGUCAGCUCUCUGUUAAAGUCAGCGUGAUUGGAACUGACCAGUCUGAGAAUAUCAAUAUCCCCGAUGACACAGAAGACUUAAAACAGAAAAUACACGACCUGCAAACCGAGCUGGAAGGCUACCGGAACAUCAUUGUCCAGCUACAGAAGCACUCUCAGUGCAGUGAGGCUGUUAUCACAGUUUUGUGUGGGACAGAAGGGGCCCAAGAUGGCUUGAACAAGCCUAAGGGCCGCAUCGAUGAAGAAGAGAUGACAUUUUCAAGUUUGCAUCAAGUACGAUAUGUGAAGCACAUGAAAAUCCUCCAUCCACUAACCCCGGAAAUGAUUGAUGGCAAGAUGCUGGAGAGCCUCAAGCAGCAGCUGGUGGAACAGGAGCAGGAGUUACAGAAGGAGCAGGAUUUGAACUUGGAACUUUUCAGUGAAAUCCAUAACCUGCAAAACAAGUUCCGGGACCUCUCGCCAUCAAGAUACGAUUCAUUGGUUCAGUCCCAAGCGAGGGAGCUCUCCCUUCAGCGGCAGCAAAUUAAGGAUAGCCAUGACAUCUGUGUCAUUUACCGUCAACACAUGAGCACCAUGAUCAAGGCGUUUGAAGAGCUUCUGCAGGCCAGUGAUGUGGACAGUUGUGUGGCCGAGGGCUUCCGGGAGCAGCUGACACAGUGUGCUGGACUGCUAGAGCAACUGGAGAAGCUGUUUCUCCAUGGAAAGUCAGCCAGAGUGGAACCACAUCCCCAGAGUGAACUGCUAAAGGGGUUAAGGACAGAGGAAGGCAAUUUACCCUAUCAACAUCUCCAUGAAUCUCCUGAGCCUUCUGCCUCCCAUGCUUUGUCAGAUGAUGAAAUGUCUGAGAAGUCCUUCCUGUCCAGAGACCCGAAGCCAGACAGCGAUACUGAGAAGUACCCAGCAAUGGCGAGCCAUUUUCCUCAAGACUUACUAAUGGAACACAUACAGGAAAUUCGAACUUUGAGAAAGCAUUUGGAAGAAUCUAUUAAAACAAAUGAGAAGCUCCGGAAACAGCUAGAACGGCAGGGGUCUGAGACUGACCAAGGUUCCAGAAAUGUUUCUGCUUAUGGCUUAGAACUGCACAGCUCUCUGACAUCAGAAAUACAUUUCCUGAGGAAGCAGAAUGAGGCCCUCAGUAUGCUGCUUGAGAAAGGGUCCAAAGAUAAACAGAAAGAGAAUGAAAAAUUGCGUGAGUCCCUGGCUAGGAAUGCUGAGAGUCUUGAGCACCUUCAGCUAGAGUACACCAGUGUAAGAGAAGAAAAUGAAAGAUUACGGAGAGACAUCGGUGAGAAGGAGAGACACAACCAGGAGCUGACUCAGGAGGUCUGCAGCAGCCGCCAGGAGCUGAGCAGGGUCCAGGAAGAGGCUAAGUCAAGACAGCAGCUGCUCUCCCAGAAGGACAAAUUGCUUCAGUCCCUCCAAAUGGAGCUUAAGGUGUAUGAGAAGCUCGCCGAGGAGCAUCAGAAGCUACAGCAAGAGGCCCAAGGUGAGGCAUGUGGAGAAGGCCGGAAGGGGCUAGAUCCUUUCAGCAACCUGCAUGGCCUCCUGACAGAGAUUCAGGCUCUCCCAUACUGGUUAGAAAGGAACAUUCAAACUAACAACACACUGAAGAACAAGCUGGAGGAGCAGCUAUCAUGGGGGUCAACAGAGACCCAGAAAGGGGCCCUCACUUUGCCUGUCCAGGCCCUGUCUGUCACUGAGUGGUCUCUUCACCUGGACAAACACAAUGGCAACAAAUGUCCUGAGGCCAGUGAUAAUUCAUUUGAUCUAUUUGAAUCCACCCAGGCAAUGGCUCCUAAAUCAGCAUCUGAGACUCCUCUGCUCUCAGGAACUGAUGUUGACUCCCUCUCCUGUGACAGUACCAGUUCUGCCACCAGCCCCGCUUGCAUGCCCUGCCUGGUUGCUGGCCACCACGUGUGGGCCAGCAAGAGUGGACACCAUAUGCUGGGCCUGAUUGAGGACUAUGAUGCCCUCUAUAAGCAGAUCAGCUGGGGCCAGACACUGCUUGCCAAGAUGGAUGUUCAAACCCAAGAGGCUCUGAGCCCCACAAGUCAGAAGCUGGGACCAAAGGGUUCAUCCUCUGUGCCUCUGAGCAAGUUUCUCUCCAGCAUGAACACAGCCAAGCUGAUCCUGGAAAAAGCCUCCAGGUUGCUGAAGCUCUUCUGGAGGGUCUCAGUCCCCACCAACAGCCAGUGUUCCUUUCACUGUGAGCAGAUUGGAGAAAUGAAGGCAGAGAUCACGAAACUACACAAAAAAUUGUUUGAACAAGAAAAGAAGCUGCAGAACACAGCAAAACUUCUGCAGCAGAGCAAGCACCAGGAAAAAAUCAUCUUUGAUCAGUUGGUCGUCACCCACCAAGUCCUUCGGAAGGCCAGGGCAAACCUGGAGCUCAGGCCUGGAGCCGCCCAUCCCGGAGCAUCCAGUCCCAGCAGACUGGGCUCGUGAGGAGAGCUUUCAACUAAUAAAGCUUGUGGCCCUGAGA